UGCUGCUUCUGGGAACAUCACGGAGACAAACAGGACCAUCAGGACACAGACAGCAACAUGUUUGACGGAUAUUUCCAAGGUGUGAACAUGAGAGGCGUUUAUUUUCUGUCCUGGGCAGUCCUGCUGUGCGGAGUUAACGGGCGCGUUAUAAACUCCACUGGCUCCUCGGAGCUACAGCAGCCACAGUCCGACUUUGAUUUCACCGGAGUGAUUAAAGCCAACUGGACCCGCGGUGUCCACAGAGCGCGGCGGAAACGGUUCAUCAGCCAGAGCGACAUGGUGGCCAUCGUGGAUUAUCACAACCAAGUCAGAGCCAGCGUCUUCCCACCUGCUGCAAACAUGGAGUAUAUGGCAUGGGACAAUGAUUUGGCCAGAACUGCUGAAGCCUGGGCUGCGACGUGUAUUUGGGCACAUGGACCAGCUUACCUGUUACAGUUCUAUGGACAGAACCUGUCUUUCAGGACAGGAGGGUAUCAGUCCAUCCUGCAGCUGGUCAAACCUUGGUAUGAUGAAGUCAAUUACUACAUGUUCCCCCUCCCUCGUUUCUGCAAUCCCAGCUGCCCCCUGCUUUGCUAUGGGCCUAUGUGCACACACUACACACAGAUGGUGUGGGCAUCCACCAACAGAGUGGGCUGUGCAGUGCAGACCUGCUACAACAUGUUUGUGAGGGGAGUUCUGUGGAGAGAAGCCACCUUCCUCGUCUGCAACUACUCGCCUAAAGGAAACUGGAUAGGAGAGGCUCCAUACACGGUGGGGAUUCCUUGUUCUGCCUGUCCAUCCAGCUAUGGAGGUACCUGCAGCAACAAUAUGUGCUUCCCAGCUCUCCAGUCCAACUAUAUGUACUGGUUCAAGUAAGGAUAGGAAAUUAUAGAUCAUACCAUCUGUAAAUGGAUUACAAAAUAUGCAAAUUAUGAUGUGUUAAACUGGCAGAUGACUGCUCUUUUAAAAAAAUGACAUUUAAAAUGGAAAUCAAAAUGUAGAGUACUACAUUUUUAAAUGAACAUUGUAGGAAAUACAUUUUGGGAUUCCUGUUUGGAUAUGCACACCUGUAAUGCAGUUUGCAUUCAGAUUAUUUUGUGUAAACCACCACUUUUCAUUAACAGUACACUGCACAGGCUGGGGACAGUAAUACUCUGUUAGAUACAGUACAGUGCAGCCAGCUUUAAGUACAGUGCGUGGUAGGCAUGCAGUGUAGGACUUUAAAGAUCAUUUUAUUUGCAGAUUGUUCUUCCUUCGUUUUAUAUAGAAAUUAUGACACAUUUAAAAUUCUUUUGUAUAUAUCCUUUUGUAAGUUGUAAUACCAU